UGUUAACAGCUGUUUACAGUUUAGAAAAUGAGCGGCGCGCAAGGAAAAGCAGUUGAAAUUAAACCAAAAAUUAAAUAUUUAAGUGCUUCAGAGCUUAUAGCCCAACGGCAUGCUGAAGUUGAAUCGCCAAGAAACGGGCUUAAACGCACCAGCAUUGAACACAGUGCUGAGGAAAAGGAGGAGUUAAAAAAUGCUUAUGCUAAUUUGCGUCUGCAAUUAUCUGCUAGACGUAUCGAGCGUCAGGCGGGCCGAGCUAUAGCCAUAUGGAGAGACGAUCAACAGGCUGCUGAAGUUGUACGGAAAGAUGGAAAGUUCGACAGCUUUGGCUACAGCCAGCAGGGCAAACUCUAUUUGGAAUAUUACGAAGCUCUAUUUCUGCUAGAAUUAAAUCGCCUUCAAUUAGAGUACUACGAAAUGAUUGUAUCCAUCGAGCAGGCCUACGUUUUGUUACUUGGCGAAGAGGCUAGUGAAAGGUAUAACAAUUAUUUGGUCUACUCUGCUUUGUCACGCGCGGGCUACAUAGUUGUCAGGCAUCAGGCAGGCUGCCGAACACCCUCAAGCAACGUGGUCACAAGCGAAGAUUGCAUUUGGGCUCUAUUGGAGGCUUCUCUAAAUAAUAAGCCUGUGCCCCUGUACAUUAAAGUCUCCCAAUAUUACAAUGCCACGCAGGAGCGUAUGGUGCAGCUCAAGCAGCAAAUCAGAAAUCAAACUACAGAGACAAUUACAGACGAGAGCAGCACUAAUAAUGAGCCAAGUACCUUCAAAUUUGACACUCGAAAACGCAGAGCGAAAUCAGAGCCAACAGAGGAGCUGCCGAGCAAAAGAGCAAGCACAACAAGGAACAGCCUUAUAGAUAACCUAAAAGCUGAGACAAGCUAUACGAAAUUUCAGCAAACUUUCGAAAAAUUGGAUAUAGUGCAGCUGCACAACGAGGACUACCAAUGCGAUUUCGAUACAACAACCCGUAAUUUUGAGAUCAGCUUCGAUUUACAUCUGCAUAACGAAGGCUUUCGACGAAGUGCACCGAAGACGCCCACCUUCAGUGUGAUUAUUCUACAGCACGACGAACCAUUUCCCACCCACGUUGAGAUGCUUCACUGUCAGCGCCAGCAGCUGCAAGCAGAGCAGCGAGCGCCGCUGCUCGUCAUAUCCGUUAGCGAAUCAAAACACAUCCAAGCGUUUCUUUAUUAUAUCAGCUAAUGAUUGCUCAGCGAAAUGUAAUUUGUAUCUGUAUCUAUAUAAUAAUAAUUGCUAAUUUAUGUGCGUGU